AUGUCAAGUGAGGGAAAAGAAGUUAAAGAAAAGAAGAGUGAGCACAAAAGCGUGAAAGCUGGUGGUGAAGUGUCGAAAGAAGCGACAGCAUUGAUUCGAGGGAUUCAGCAUCAGAUCAAGUAUUACCUUGGGCAAGUUCAUGUGAGUACGAAUGAUUACAAUGUGUAUCGUCAUAAAGAGUUAAAAGAAUUGAAAGGUGUUGGUGAGGUGUUUAACACGUACAAGUACACCAAAUUUGUGAGUGAGAAGUGUCGAGACAUAUGUGAUGAUAUUGAUAAGAAGAUGGCAGUGCCGAAGGGUGUUGAGCCGUAUGUAGCAAAAGAGUAUUCACCGAUGGCAUUUGCGAUCAUUCGUCGCUUUUUUGGAGUGAGUGAUAGAGAGAUGAUGCGGUCGAUAUGUGGGGAUGGCAAUUUGACGCCCCCGAAUAUUGGAGCGGGGAAGUCUGGGUCGUUAUUUAUGUUUACAAAAGAUUCGAAAUACAUCUUAAAAGUGAUACCAAAAAGAGAAGAGAAAAUCCUAGUGAAAGUGUUGCCAAAGUAUUUUGCAUUCAUUCAAGAAAAUCCACAAACAUUAAUUCCACGAUUUUAUGGGAUGUAUCGAAUUAAACCAAAACAUGGGGAUGAGUAUCGAUACGUUGUGAUGAACAAUUUGUUUCCUAACACACAAUUUCCUCUACAAUUCAAAUUUGACUUGAAAGGAUCACUGUAUGGAAGAAAAGCUGACGAGAAUGAAAGGGGAAAGAAAUCGCCAUGUUACAAAGAUAUCGACUUCCUCGACCAAAAAGCGGUCAUCAAAAUCGGUCCAAAUUUGGUUAAUGCGUUCAAAACACAAGUCGAAAAAGACAGCGAACUGAUGAGUGACAUGCACCUCAUCGACUACUCCCUUCUUGUCGGCGUCCACCAACUGUCCGACACAGAAAUGGAAACAGCAAAAAAUGCACUCGACAAACAAAAACAAAGGAACUCAAAGAAGUCUCAACACAAACACAAACACAAACACAACAAAAAAACUCACAAUAAAAGUAUUAAAGACGAAAAUAAGAUUGAAACACUUGACCCUUCGAGUGAUAAAGACAAGAAAACCGAGAGUCAAUCAAAAAGUGUGAACUCUGAAGGAGACAAAAAAGCUGAAGAUAUUUCCAAAGAAGAAGACACUCAAAAUGAAGACAAAAAUGAUUUAAAAAUUGAGAAACAAGAAGAACAUGAAGCAACAAAUAACGACGUGAAACAACAAGCAGAAGAUUCACAGCAAACAGAAGAACAAAUCAUUGAAAAGGAAACAAAAGAUAUCACAGUUGAACACAUUGAUUCAAAGACCACACAAGACGUACAAGAGCAAAAUCUUGAAGAAAGUCAACUCAAAUCAGAAGAAAAAGAGUCAGAAACUAAAGUUGAUGAACAGAUUGAAGAAAAUACGACACGCCCGGAUUUAAAGAAGUACGAAAGUGUACCACAAAUUAAAACUCAACAAGAAAAAGAGAUUGAAGCGCCUCAAGUGGAGUCCAAAGACAAAUUACAAACAGGUGACAUACAAUCCCAAAACAAAAUAGAAGAAAAAGAGGAAAAACAAGAGAAGAAAUCGAAAGACAAAAAGAAAACAGAAGAAAAGACGAACGGCAAGAAGAAAGAAGUCAUCAUGAAAGUCGGUAAUAAAAUUCAAGUCAUCAACGCGAAAAAAAGAAAAGAAAGUGAAGACCUCUCUGAGAUGUCAGAUUCUUCAUCCACCGCUGCAGCUUCUGAAGUCCAGGAAAGAGGAAACUCUCAUAACUCAACGGAGGAAAAAAGAGUGUACAGACCAAGAGCAAGUACUGUCUUUGUUGACGCUAGAACAGAUACUAAGACUAAAACAAGUUCAAAAAAGGUGAAGGACAAAGUAGCGAAUCCAGAAGACUUUUUGAAAUCAUUAAAAAUUCCAAAACCUGAAGACUUUAUCUUUGUAGAUUAUGAAGGUGGACUGCUCUCUAGAGACGCUAAUGGUUAUUUGAAUGGGGAGUUGUACUUCAUUGGAAUCAUCGACAUCUUAAUGGACUACACAACUCGUAAAAAACUGGAAACGGUCAUGAAAGGCGCUGUUGCUGGCGGCGUUGAUCAAGUCUCAAGCGUAUCACCACAACAAUACUCAAAGAGAUUCAUCAAGUUCGUCCACGAUCACACUAACUAA